AGAACGAAAACUGACCGAAGCUCCUCUUCACCGCCGGCGAAAGGAACUGUCUGCCGAAAACGGGGAAAAAGUUUUGCUCUUUUUUUUUUUUCUGUCGUCGUGAUGAACCUUAUGAAUGCGAAGAAGAUAAAUAGUUUGUAUAGACUGCGAUUCAAGAGACCGUUUUCCUUUUCUUACGCUCCUCCCAUCGAUACCCGGAAGCGGUUUCCCGACAAAAAGUUCUUCAAAUCGAACCCGAGAGACGGUCUUGUAGAUCGAUUGUGUAGAGAGAAGAAGUUUUGUGAAGCCGUAGAUGUUUUAUGCGAGCAGAAGCGGCUGCGAGAGGCUGUUCAACUUCUGGAUCGGAUCCCGAAGCCAAGUGCUUCUACUUACUCAUCUCUCAUCCAAUUCUGCUGCCGAAUUCGCGCGCUUGAAGAAGGUAAGAAGGUCCAUGAACACAUUAAGAGAUGUGGGUUCGUCCCUGGGGUCGUUAUCUGCAAUCGUCUUCUCGACAUGUAUGCGAAAUGCGGGAGCUUGCUUGAUGCACGCAAACUAUUCGACGAAAUGUCUUCGAGAGACUUGUGUUCUUGGAAUACCAUGAUUAAGGGUUAUGCAACGAUGGGUUUGCUCCAGGAAGCGAGGAAACUGUUUGAUGGAAUGCCUCAAAGAGAUAGUUUUUCAUGGACAGCUAUGAUUUCGGGAUACGCUAAAAGCGAUCAGCCCGAGGAGGCAUUGGUGUUGUAUAGCUUGAUGCAAAGGGCCCCGAAUUCGAAACCCAACAUAUUUACAGCUUCCAGCGCCAUUGACGCUGCUGCUGCGCUUCCCUGUAUCCGUGGAGGGAAGGAAAUUCAUGGGCAUAUCGUACGAGUUGGUUUGGAUUCAGAUGAGGUGGUUUGGAGUGCUUUGAUGGAUAUGUAUGGUAAAUGCGGAAAUGUAUAUGAAGCAAGGAUCAUCUUUGAUAAGCUGGUGGACAGAGAUGUUGUGUCAUGGACCGCGAUGAUAGACAUGUAUUUCAAGGAUGGAAGAUCGCGAGAAGGGUUUACUUUGUUCUCGGAUUUGAUACGUUCUCGUGUACAGCCCAACGAUUACACAUUUGCUGGAGUUCUGACUGCUUGUGCUGAUCUCGCAUCAGGGGAGUUAGGGAAGCAAGUUCAUGGGUACAUGACAAGAACUGGAUUUGACCAGGGCCCUUUUGCAUCGAGCUCUCUUGUUCAGAUGUACGCGAAAUGUGGUAACAUUGAGACAGCAAGACGGGUUUUAGUAGGAUGUCCUAAACCCGAUCUAGUAUCUUGGACAUCCUUGAUCGGCGGGUAUGCUCAGCAUGGGCAACCUGAAGAAGCAUUGAAGUACUUUGAGUUGCUCCUUAAAUCUGGCACAAAACCCGACCACGUCACGUUUGUGGAGGUGCUUACUGCUUGUGUUCACGCUGGUUUGGUUGACAAAGGGCUCGAAUAUUUUGAUUCGAUAACAGAGAAACACGGGCUAUCACAUACAGUUGGUCAUUAUAAUUGCAUGGUAGAUCUAUUGGCGCGCACUGGAAGAUUCGAAGAAGCGAAAGAAAUCAUCAGGAAAAUGCCAAUGGAACCGAGUGAAUUCUUGUGGGCUUCUUUGCUUGGUGGGUGCAGAAUUCAUGGAAAUGUCGAUCUAGCAGAGGAAGCAGCUCAAGAACUGUUCAAGAUAGAACCCGAAAACCCAGCUACGUAUGUGACAAUGGCCAACAUCUAUGCCACAGCCGGGAAGUGGGACGAAGUACAGAAACUCCGAAAGAAAAUGACCCAGAAAGGGAUCAAUAAGAGCCCGGGAUAUAGCUGGACGGAGAUAAAAAGGAAAGUUCACGUCUUUAAGGCCGGGGAUACUUCACAUCCGAGAUACGACGAGAUAAACGACUACUUGUGCAGACUGUGGAAGAGGAUGAAGGAAGAAGGGUACGUUCCCGACACUAAUUUCGUCUUGCACGAUGUGGAAGACGAGCAGAAGGAAGAGAAUCUGGGUUAUCACAGUGAGAGGCUGGCGGUUGCAUUUGCGAUCAUAUCAACGUCGGAGGGAACGCCCGUUAAGGUAUUCAAGAACUUGAGGACUUGCGUGGAUUGCCAUACGGCCUUUAAGUUCAUAUCGAAGAUUGCAGAGAGGAAGAUAAUCGUAAGGGACUCCAAACGGUUCCAUUGCUUCGAGAACGGAUGCUGUUCUUGUGGAGACUUCUGGUGACUAAAAUAAACACUUCUGUAUCUUUUAUUAUAAUAACAAUCCAACAUAUUCAUUUGUUUAUUGUU